AUGUUCGAGGUGAAAAUCCUCGAAAGGAGCAGCUUCCACGAAGAUCCGACUGCCCGAUCCAGGAUGAUGGGGCCGCGAAGUGUGCUGCGGAUUGGCGUGGCCACCGCGAAGUCCUCCCUAGUCCUCGGUGAAACGGAGGACUGGACAGCUCUGCCGGGCACUGCCGAUCCGGCAUAUUUCCGGCUGGCAACAGGGUUCCUUCCUGAAGCUCUGCGAAAAGGGGAUGUGAGAGUGCUUUGCAACCGGGAUCUUGCGUUCGGACAGGAUACGGUCUGCUUCGACUCGGAAGGUUUCUUCCGCGACCGGAGGAAGGCGAGCCCCGUGUGUAGCUCGAAGUUCACAACGGGGGAUGUGGUCACACUGGUGGCUAACCUGGACCCGAACAGCAAGUUUGGAAACACGCUGAGCAUCUUCAAGGACGGCCAGCGCAUGGCUCCGCCCCAGCCGAUCCCGGAGCACUUGCAGGGCAAGGUUCUGUAUCCGGCCGUGAGCUUCAGGAAUAUGGCCGUGCAUUACAACUUUGGCGCCUCUUUGAUGCCAAUGCCGUUCAAGUGCCGCUUCCUGAAGGAUGCGUCGCAGAAGGACGUGAGCAUCAAGGCGUCGACGAAGCCGUCGGACGGGCAGUGCGAGGUGAUCUUCCCUGUCGCAGUGCCGGACGAAGGUGGCUUUGACUGGCUGGACCAGUUCAUGGAAAGCCACCCGGGCUACACCGAGCUGAGCGACCGGGCCAUGCUGACCUGGUGCGAGCUGAGUGGCCUGAGCCGCCCCAAGGGCUACACAGCUGCAGCGCGAGCGUCCAAUGACAAGCCAGAGAUGGGCUUCGGUGUCUCCGCGCUGGACGAUGGCAGCAUGCGCCGAACCCUGCAGGCACUUGUUUCCAUUCAACCUCGGAACUUCAUAGUCGUGGAGAUGAAGUCUGCGCUUCUCAAAGAGGAGCGAAGGGAGCUGGCCCUACGGUGGGGUGGCUACACGCGUAUCGCGACGGUUCUCGUGGGCGAGCCUCCAGCUGCCUUCAAAGAGUUCAGCCAGGACAGGAUGUUCAAGGCUAAGCAAGAGGCAAAAGUGGCGGAAGCCAAAGCGAAAGGAAUGCCUGAGGAGGACGUUCCACUCGCGGAGCUUACUGCCGAGGAGAAGAAGCUGACAUUCCGACGAUUGCCCGUGAGCGAUUUGACUGCGUAUGUUCUGAAUACCAACUUCCAGAAGUUCAGCCUUCCAGACGAAGAGGAGACGUACUUCGACGGGAUCCAAUAUAUCUGGAGUCCCGAGAAGAAGGCAAAGCAGCACCUGGAAGAAUGGGUUCAGGUGAAAAAGCUUACAUCUCGAUUGGAAGAUCUGCAACCGGGCGAGUGGUUCAGCACGAAGUGGAAGGAAUGGCAGAAGGUGAUGCAGUCCUACCAGACCAAGCACAACACCCACAAAGCUAUUGAGGCAAAGAAGAUUGCCCAGCUCGCAGCCAAAGAGCAGGCAGAAAAGGAUGGGACCGAAUUGCCCUUGGAGGUACUGGCGGCCCUGGAUGACAGCAACAAGGUCGUCUUGGGAUGGGGGAUAGGACAAGCAGUGCAGGUGGACUUCGAAAGCCUGGAUGUCUUCGGUGUUGAGGAUGUCAUGGAUGUUGGUGGCGGGGAGCCUCUUUUCGCGGCCUUCACGUUUGAGGAUUGGACACUUAUGAGCUUGCGCUACGAGCUCCAUCUGAUGGCCCAUGCCUUUCGACGUGACUCCCAUGAUCCCGGCCGGGUCGCUGUGCCGGUUGAGCACCUGGCAUUUUACUACCAGAAGUAUUACAAGAAGGCUCUCAACAUCAAGUUUUUUGGAGUGGACAGCUCCGAGGAGUCGCUCCGGGAGCUUGUGGGCCUGGUGAGCGACACGGUGCUGAUUAUGGGCAAGAGCAAGGUGUUGGAACCCCAGCUGCCAGAUGACCUCGAAUCGACGAACCUCUUCGUCAUGCUGACGGAGGAGAGCCGAAGAGAUCGGAACAGGCGCAUUGACAUGGGCGACGACUCUGCCAAGCUGAAGAUCGUGGCCUCUGGGCAGGCCGCGGCAACUGCGCUCGGGCCUACGCGGCCUUUUGCGCAGUCCCAGCAGAUCAGACCGCAGUGGCCACAGCAACAGGGCCCGUACCAGACGCGGCCGAUAUCGCCGUUUGGUGGGCAGCAGCGACCGCCAUACCAGCACUGGGAGGGUGACGGCUACAAGGGCGGUGGAUACAAAGGCGGAUGGCGGAACUGGUGA